UUUCUUGGCUCAGGGCAGGUGGGUCAGCGGCCUGGUGCCUCCUCAUCAAGGUCCCCAUGUCCACCUCAGUAAGUGGAACCAGUGGGGCCCGGAAGGGAGUUCGGCAGAGGCCCCCCACCCCACCCGCAGUGCGCAGGUUGCGCUGUUGGGGCCGCUGCUCUACCCUUCCCAGGCCGGAAGGGCGUGCGGGGGAGGAGGAAGCAGCUCUCGCUGGCCUAGGCCGGGUCGCAGGGAGCCCCGAGAGCGCGAGUCAACGAGGUCAGGGAGGCAGACUGGCCGCCGGGCUGCAGCGGGACGGCCACCCCAAGGCCCACACCCGAGGCCCCGGGCUGCAGGCCCAGGCCCGGAAGGGCCUCGCGGGGCGGGGGCGCUCGGAGGGAUGGGCCGGCAGCCGCGUCCUGGCCGUGGUCCCGGCCGGUGCCCCUUCGCGACCUGGAGCGGAAGUCGCGCGAAGCCUCCGAGGAGGGGCCCGGGCCGCAGGAGGCCGCGCGGUCGGGGGUCGCCGCCUUCCGCCGCGCGCCCUCUGGCGGCCCAGCGUGACCCCCGUCCUGUUGGGGACGUCCCCGGGUGCUGUCCUCAGGCCCCGGCUUCACCUCCUCCGACUCCUCAGCUUAGGACGCUCUCGGGGCUCUGGCCACCUCCCGCCACCGCACUGUGCACGCCCCUUAGAAUCGAUGACGUCGUCCCCAAGUCACUCAGGCGACGUCUGGAUGCCGCCACCUUCCCUCACCUCCCUCAGAACCUUACACUUCCCCAAAUCUGACGUCUUGCUCUCUCCUCGGCCUGCAGAGCCCGAUUCCCAGGCUGCCUCCCUCCUGCAGGCGCCAUGUCCUGUCCCGAGUCGUCCUCUGCCAGCAGCCAGAAUGAGCCCAAGUCGGUUCACUGCGAUCACACGACGGUGGAGCUCACUGCCACCUACCGUACUGCACUCGGGGGACCUGCUAAGGCAGGGCGGCUCCCACUCCUCCCCUCUCCCAGCAGGGACCCACCGUCAGCCCUCUCUCUAGCCUACGUUCUGGCACCGCCCGCGCCCUAUUUUCUAGUCCUCGCUCUUUGUAGUUGGCACAAACCCCAGCCUCUACCCCUGUCACCUGGAAAAACCCUCACCUCUCAAGCCACAGAUCGUCCCUUUCCUUUCUUGCCUCUGUGCACCUGGCACCGACUCCUCCACUUGGGCUCUCCGUGUACUCGGGUCUCUUCUCCCCGCCAGGCCGUAGAUGUACCAGAAGCCCAGAGCUGGCAAAUGCGUCUGGUAACCACACAUUCAAAUGUGACUGCUUGAGCCAAUCCACCCGUUAGCCCUAAAAAUAGGCUUUCUCUCCACUUCAUGGUAAUCUUCCACAUUCCCUACACAACGUGUGUAUGUGUUAAAAACUACAGCUCAAUGAAAUAAACAACAGACUUUUGAAAAUGGAAUUGAUGGCUUAGGGAGAAACUUCUAUUGUGAGACAUUCAAACACAGGCUUGGCUAA